UUCUAUCAUUAAAAAUUUAUAGAUUUUGUGACUAUAAUAAACUCAUGUAUCCUUCCCCUCUCUCCCUCCUUUGUGCCCUUCUUCUUACUCUUCCUCUUGCCAUUGUUUUCACUAUCACCACCGAUCUCACCACAGUUUAUCCACCGCAUUUUACCGGCCAUUCACAAAACCACAUUUCAUCGCUACCCAUUAAAACCAAGUUACGAAAACUAGUAAAGAAGCCACUACAUUUUAAUUCCCCACCAUAUCGGCCUCCUCAACCGCUACCAGCUAAAAGUACUGACGAUCAUGAAGAGGACGAUGAGAAUGAACUUUUUCAGCUGGCGGGUGGAUCCAGUACAGAAAUGCUACCCGCCAGUGCACAGAAAAAGAUAGCAUUCAUGUUCCUGACAACGGGACCACUACCAAUGGCCCCGUUGUGGGAACGUUACUUUAACCGAACCAAAAGAAAGAAUCUAUACAACAUAUACAUACACGCCGAUCCUAAUCUCCAAUACGACCUUAUUUUCCAAGGCGUGUUCACCAAUCGCACUAUUCCAUCAAAACCCACGCGCCGCCAUACUCCAACACUCAUUGCCGCCCACCGUCGUCUACUCGCACAUGCGUUACUUCACGACCCGUUAAAUUACAUGUUUGCCCUUAUAUCGCCAUCAUGUAUACCCAUCCAUUCUUUCGACUUCACAUACAAAACACUAAUGAAGUCUAACAAAAGCUUCAUCGAAAUUCUUGAAAAUGAACCCGGCGCGUGGGGAAGAUGGGCGGCGCGUGGAGACUCAGUUAUGCUACCACAAGUGCCAUAUGAGAAGUUCAGAAUCGGGUCUCAGUUUUCGGUUUUGACACGUCAGCAUGCCAAGGUGGCAGUGAAUGACACGUGGAUAUGGUCUAAAUUCAAGCUGCCAUGUUUGAAGGAAAAUAUAUACAGGUGUUACCCUGAAGAGAAUUAUUUGCCUACGCUGAUGUCCAUGGUAGAUAAGAUGGGAUGCGUGGCAGCAACGUUGACUUACGUUGACUGGAAAGGACGUCAUGAUGGUCACCCCAUAACGUUUCGUGCAACAGAUGUACGGCCAGAUUUGAUCAAGAUGAUCCGUAAUCAACGGCCAAGAUAUGGUGAUGAAGAGAAACGAAAUGACCCGUUUUUGUUUGCGAGGAAAUUCGGGUCGGAUACGGUAGGGGCGUUGUUGGAUAUAUUUGAUGACAUUAUUUUAAAAGAUUAGGAAAAGAUGAGGGGGGUGUUUAGUAUAUAAGGUAU